GGCGUGGUUGAGUAUAGAAACGACACCAGCUCCUACAAGAAUGUAGUAGCUAGUACUUCUCUCUGCACUGUACACGUAUACGUACGAAAAAAUGGCUCUCAGCGUCGUGGGUCUUGAGGGUGUGCCUUGCCACCAGUGGCACCGGCUUCGUUUGGAGAUAACCAGUAAUCAGUGCUCCAAAACCUCCAGAGAGACCUAUGAUUUCCAAUCUGAAAUCAUUUUCUCCCUCCGUGAAGAAGACAACUACACCACAAAUCCCGAGGUCCACUUUCGUUUAAUACUAGCUUCUAGUCCACCAGCAGCCGUAGGAGUAGGUGGUGACAAUGCUACUUCUGGAGCAAGUGUAUCCUCGUGGAUAGCGACAGGAACAUGGGAGAACACUGACCAUGGCGGUGAAAAAGGUGGGAAUACGAUGGACAAAGGAGACUACAUACUUGAGACGAUCACGGUACCUUUGAAGCGGGAAAACGUAGAACCUAUUAAACUUUGUGUGGAACAAGAAGACUUACGACUAGUCCUGCUGCGAGUCCGGCCGAAAAAGGACGAUGCCAGUCAACAUCUUACCCCAGUUCAACUACAGAAGCAAAAUCAUACACGAGCAGCACUGCAAGAACAGACGGCAUUGGAGUAUGUGCGUAGGUUUUUGGUACCUUAUUGCCGACAGCAGAAAAGCGAACAACUGCGUCGAGAUAUAGAUCGUAGAACGAGUUGUGCGAGAACAAGUGGUGAACUUCGCAAAAACGGAUGUGCUGCUGAGAAAAUCUUCGUCGAAGACUCAGCCUUAGAUUCACGGCUUGCGGAAAAAGUGAAGCCGUAUCAGCGCAUGCUAGGCUUGUUGCAGUCUAAACAUCAGAUCUUGAAUGGAAAACUCCAGCGUUUUCAUGCUGGUUGUUCAUUUUCUGAAAAAGCACCAGCAUUGCUCGACCGUGCACAAGAGCUACGACAACGGAAUAGGGGAGACAUGCAGAGGAGUAUUCUUUUUGGCGCAAGCAGCAGUGGUAGUACAAAUUAAGACUUAACUUUCAUUGGUCAUAGAGGUUGGUCACUGAAAUCUUCGAAGAGCAGGGCCCCCUGGAGAUGAGAACAGGGGAAAAGUGAGGGACAACAAGUAGCGAGAUGUGGGGCCCCUCCCGUUCAGAGUCAGUGACCAAUGACUGCUGACCUUUAAACAAAAGCAGGUGCAUCUGGUGACGAGAUCGGGACCUUAUCGAACAUCUCCUCCAGGACAACUUCACCGAUAAAGGCUAACAAAGAUGAUCAUGUACAACCAACAAGCAGGCUGAUUGAAAACCUUGUGACUCUGCAUGGUGACUGUGGUGCGAGGGGACUAGCCAUAGCAUGUGGCGAGGAAGAAAUUCAAUCGCGAAGGAAGAGAGUGGACAUGCUCAAGGGGUUCUCGAAAUACGCGAGUGCAUGGAAAGAAUGGGUGCAGAAGGUGGUACUUUAUUUUUUUUGCUGGGUCCUCGUGUGGUACUGUUAUGUAACUAUAGGAGGAUCUGGAUCUCUUCUCCCUUUUCGUACACCCAUAAUUGCUAUCACUAUCGAUUUCCUAAAACCAAAUAUCAGCCAUCUGCAUCUUCUCUUCAGGCGUCCGGUCCCUCAACAACGUCAACCGCACACAAAGCUGAAGAGCUUAAGCGAGCAAAACAACGCCUUCAAAAAUUGAACCUCAAGCAUGAGGAAAGGUUGAAAAAUAUCGCGGAAGCAUCUACUCGAUUGAGUGCGCAGUUACUGCAACUGCGAACCCCUCGAUCGGAGAAGGAAGAAACAGCAUUGCGCGAUAGACACGAGAUGCUUAGAGUUAAGCGAAGAGAAUUUCAAGAUAAUGUUUUUCAGAGUUAAUACUAAGGAAGAUGCUGAUUGCAGCUGGUACUAAGUAUUUGCAGUUUUUGAGUCUCAGUCAAACGUGAUUUAUUUUCAUCUCUACUUCGUCUUCGCUCUACUUCGUCUUCGUCAACACAAACCUGCUUUUUUUACUUUCUCUAACAGACUGUCACUGCGCCAUGCAGAGCGAAAGCUAGCGAAGGUACAGGCAGAAGCGACAGAGACCGCAGUGGAGACUACACAACUGCGAAAUCUGUAUGCAGAGGUGCACGAAGGCUACCUGGCUGAACAAAAACAAAGGAUGGAGUUAUGUUCUUUGCGGUGACGUUUUUUGAUAGUUACCUUUUUCUCUUUUAUAUCUUCCUCUGGUCUGUCUUUUUUCUAGUUAGGUCGGCUCCGCCACAAAUGUACACAUAGGGUUGUGGUACACAGAGUUAGGCUAGGAGUACUAAAUGGGACACCAUGAUGAUACACAGAGUUUGGCCUAGCUCUAUUUUUGAGUUUAGGCGAGAACAACGAGCACGGUCUCGGUCAUGAAUUUUCCUAUUCUUGAUUCAUACCACUCUAAAAUACCUCGAAGAAACAUGGAAGCGUGAAGUCACGGGUCCUUUCCAAAGUCAGAUGCUAGGCGACACCAAGGAAAAUGAGGCGCCCGUUUCCGAAAACAGCGUUGCCCUUGAACAUCGGGAGCAACUAGAGGAACGCAGCGAGUUGAACCGAGCUUUAGCGGACGCAAUGGCUCGCAACGCUGUUCUAAGCAGAGAACUUCGCGACAAACUCGCAACAGAAGCAAUUGCAAAAGCGAUGUCAGCUACGGCAGAUAGGCAUCGGGAAAGGGCGAAUGCGGUGAAAGAUCUGUUACAUCGGUUAGAGUCAGAUAAUGCUCGAUUGAAGGCGAAGUUGGAAGAAAAUUUAACGACAUUUGGAGAUUGCUUUUCUUCUUCGUCUUCUAGACCGCGUGGACCAGGUGGAGAAGCUGGAACAACUAGUAAAAGCAAGAACGACUGCCACAGCGGCAAUCCUUCCCCUCAGACCAACGCCGGAGGAGGAGGAGGCGACACCGACGUGAUGCAACAAUGCUCGAAAAACUCACAACUAGAACAGGAAAAUACAUUCCUAACAAAACAGGUCGACGCGAUGACUGCAAAAGUAGAGGUUGUGCUAAAGGAAGCUAGUAAGCGAGGACCACGAGUCAGUGGUCAGACGAGGCUUGAGACUGCGCGGUUGAGAGAAAGUCUUAGCGUAGUGAGGAAGGAAAUAAGGGAAGCGAGUGAGAAGUAUUCUUUUAUUGUCGAUUUGUUCGAAUCUCACUUCUCAUCUACGUCACCUCUCAUCCACUAUAUCUGCUAGUAGGGAAAUGAAAAACUCAGUUGACAAUUAAGUACUUACAACAAUGAGGGUCCAGCGAGCAACUAAUUCUCUCCUCUACUGCCUAAUCACACCAAUUACUAACAGGUAUGAAACCGCCUUAUUCGACGUGGAAGGGCGUGUGAUUGAUGGGCAAAGGCUUGUUGCUGAGCGUGGAAUAGAGUGCGAAAGGUUGAAGGAGAGAAUCCGAGACCUGAGUUCCGACAUCCAAGUCCAAAGUGUGGUAGCAAGUGACGCAGUGGACGUUCUGCUGGCAGACACAGUGAAAAAGUUGCAAUCUGGAGCUGUUGGGGAGAUCAAGAAUAGUAUCAGUUCUGUUGGGACGAGACCAUCACCAUCUUCAUCGUCACAGCGAUGCCCAAGCCCAUUUUUACGAGGACGCGGACAGCGUCAAAGCAGAGUUACUGCAAGAACACCCACUUGUAGGACACCCACGACAUCUGGGACACCAACGUCUGCUUCUAAAAAGAAUCAAAAUCUUCGAAGUAGUGCUAGUUGUUCGUCAUUGCGUGUAAUUGGGGAUCAAAAAGGAGAGCCUGGUUCUGCUUCUCGCCGUUCUGCAAAGAUGACAGUGACACCACUAACUAUUCGAGGAAGUAGCGCUAAGACUUCGAGGUCCUCGACGAAAGACGAAUCAGGACUACAGAAGAGAAUACAACAUCAACAAGGGCUUGAUCGUUCUAAUUCUAGCACGCAUGCUCCUAAUUCUAGUACGCUUCACAAGCCCCAAGGCCCAUUGUUGCCAUUUCACCGGCUUUCUCCCGGUAACUACCGAUUCGGAACACGGCAAGUCCAAAUACUAGCACAGAACGGCAAGCCAAUAGUCAGAGUGGCUGGAGGGAGCUAUAAUUUGGCUCAAUUUCUACGCAAAUUCGAAGAUGGGGAAUUACAAGCGAUCCUGAUGAGGUGACAAGUUGUACUCUCGUUCAUCGAUUCUUCUUUCUUACUACUAUAGGUACAUGUUACAAUAACCUAGUACUGUGGUUUCUCUUUAGUCGUGCAAGAUUAAUAACCUAGUACUGUGGUUUCUCUUUAGUCCUCGUGCAAGAAGAGGAGCUGGUGACGGGUGGGAGGUAAGAAGUAUUCACUUUAAUUGUGCAGAGCUGGUAUGUGCUUUUUAUGAUGAAAUGUGCGAACAAUAAUGAAAUGUACAACUACGAAUUACUGUGAGUCAUUGCAAUCUGAUUUUCAUAUAUGAGGUUUCCUUAUUUUUUAGUUUUUGCAGUGCAUGCUAGUGAGCUUAAUGUUGGUCAGUGACUGGAGUUGUCUUUUAUUUUGACGCUUCAUUACUACCAUCAUAAUGCACAAUCAUUUUACCCUGCAUUCAUGCAUCGGUAUUAGAAGUAAGCAAGUUUCUCGUGUGUUGAAUGCCAGUUUUUAAAUGCAAGUUUUGCAACUCAGUGACACUAGCGAAGUGUUGCUUAGUGCGAAUAUUGCGCCCGUCGGCUCCUCGUCCCAAACCUUGGCUUAUGGACAGGUUGUAUAGAAAAAAGAACUUUGCCAGAGCUUCGUUUGAGUUUUUUGGAAUUUUACUUUUCUGGCAUGCGACAAGUUGACGGACACCAGUUAUUUGAAAAUGCACUUUUUUUGAUUUCGGAGGAAGUUGAGCACCUUUGUGUAAGUGCUCGUGAGCUAGAGGCCCCUUUGUGUAAAGCAGGAUUCACAAAUUCGAC